AUGUCCCGCGCCAGAGUGUAUGCCGACGUGUGCGAGUCGCGGCCGCGUGAGUAUUGGGACUACGAGAACUUGAACGUGAGCUGGGGGGACCAGGACGCGUACGAGGUGUGCCGCAAGAUCGGGCGCGGCAAGUACAGCGAAGUGUUUGAAGGCGUGAACGCGUCCAACGGAAGCAAAUGCGUCAUCAAGAUCCUCAAGCCUGUCAAGAAGAAGAAGAUCAAGCGCGAGAUCAAAAUCCUGCAGAACCUGAGCGGCGGGACCAACAUCGUCCAGCUCCUCGACGUCGUGCGCGACCCGCAGUCGAAGACCCCUUCGCUCGUGUUUGAGUACAUCAACAACGCCGACUUUAAGACGCUGUACCCGACGCUCACGGACUUUGACAUUCGGUACUACAUCUUUGAGCUGCUGAAAGCCCUCGACUUUUGCCACGCCAACGGCAUCAUGCACCGCGACGUGAAGCCCCACAACGUCAUGAUUGACCACGAGAAGCGCCAGUUGCGGCUCAUUGACUUUGGUCUCGCCGAAUUCUACCACCCAAACCAAGAAUACAACGUUCGAGUGGCAACUCGCUACUACAAGGGCCCGGAGCUGCUCGUGGACAUGCAAGAGUACGAUUACUCGCUCGACAUGUGGAGCGUGGGAUGUGUGUUGGCCGGUAUGAUCUUCAAGAAGGAGCCGUUCUUCCACGGCCACGACAACUGCGACCAACUGGUCAAGAUCGCCAAAGUCAAAGGCACAGAGGAGCUCUUCGACUACCUAACGACAUACGACUUGGAGCUGGACCCGCAGUACGACGGCAUCCUCGGCACGCACUCGAAGAAGCCCUGGGACAAGUUCGUCACCCCCGACAACAAGCACUUGGUGUCGGCGGACGCGCUCGACUUUUUGGACGGACUGCUCAAGUUUGACCACCAGGAACGGCUGACGGCCAAGGAGGCGAUGGCCCAUCCGUACUUUCAAAGCGUGCGCGACUACCACGAGAGCAAGAAGCAGCCCGACUACACGUCCAGCCCACUUUUCCUCGUUCCCUGCCUCCAUGCUUACGCGUACGAGGUGUGCCGCAAGAUCGGGCGCGGCAAGUACAGCGAAGUGUUUGAAGGCGUCAACGCCGCCAACGGAAGCAAAUGCGGCAUCAAGAUCCUCAAGCCUGUCAAGAAGAAGAAGAUCAAGCGCGAGAUCAAAAUCCUGCAGAACCUGAGCGGCGGGACCAACAUCGUCCAGCUCCUCGACGUCGUGCGCGACCCGCAGUCGAAGACCCCUUCGCUCGUGUUUGAGUACAUCAACAACGCCGACUUUAAGACGCUGUACCCGACGCUCACGGACUUUGACAUUCGGUACUACAUCUUUGAGCUGCUGAAAGCCCUCGACUUUUGCCACGCCAACGGCAUCAUGCACCGCGACGUGAAGCCCCACAACGUCAUGAUUGACCACGAGAAGCGCCAGUUGCGGCUCAUUGACUUUGGUCUCGCCGAAUUCUACCACCCGAACCGAGAAUACAACGUUCGAGUGGCCAGUCGCUACUUCAAGGGCCCGGAGCUGCUCGUGGACAUGCAAGAGUACGAUUACUCGCUCGACAUGUGGAGCGUGGGAUGUGUGUUGGCCGGUAUGAUCUUCAAGAAGGAGCCGUUCUUCCACGGCCACGACAACUGCGACCAACUGGUCAAGAUCGCCAAAGUCAAAGGCACAGAGGAGCUCUUCGACUACCUAACGACAUACGACUUGGAGCUGGACCCGCAGUACGACGGCAUCCUCGGCACGCACUCGAAGAAGCCCUGGGACAAGUUCGUCACCCCCGACAACAAGCACUUGGUGUCGGCGGACGCGCUCGACUUUUUGGACGGACUGCUCAAGUUUGACCACCAGGAACGGCUGACGGCCAAGGAGGCGAUGGCCCAUCCGUACUUUCAAAGCGUGCGCGACUACCACGAGAGCAAGAAGCAGCUCGACUACACGUCCAGCCCGUCCGACGCCAGCUCAUAA